AUGAACAACGAUAACAUCAAACCGACCGAUAGUAGCUUCUGCCGGAUAAUGAAACCGAUCUACCUCGUGUCCAAGAUGGCCGGCCUGUGGCCGCAGUCCUUUCUGCGGACGUCACCGGGCGUGACGGUGCUGGACAUUGGCUACCUCAUAGUGCUGUACGCCAUGUACUUCUUCUUUAUCCUCGUUAAUACCAAUGCGAAGCUGUGGGACUACUACAUGAAGCCGUUCGAGUCGGACAUCCUGCGGUACGGGCUACAGACGCAUCUGGUGAACGGAUUGUUUCUGGGCGUUGUUAUCGUAACGAUUAAUGUGGUGCAGUAUCAGAAAAAGUGGGACUACAUGGAGCUGCUGGAUAACGUUACGAAGGUGGUCGAGCAGGAGUUUCACGUCCGCUAUCCGAUACGGGUGGUACAAACAUUCAUAGUGAUUGUAAUAAGCUCUGAGCUCAUUUACCUCGUCGUGAUACUUGCCGGCUACUACUAUCUCAUCGAUCAGACGCUAAACAUUACUACAAAGUAUCUGUAUGCAUCGUACUACAUGAUGAACAUUUCACUGCUCGCCCUCAUAAACGAGUACAUCUAUUUUACAGUGCAUAUACGUCGGCUGUUUAUGAUAGUGAAUAGAUUGCUUAAGCAGCUACUGCUUGGUGAUACGAACGAUUCAAACGAAACGGUACUGCUCGACCAAAACCGAAAGAGCAAAACUCCAACCAUUGCGUACGAUGAGAUAUUCACCGUGUACGGGCGGGUGGGCGGACGGAAGAUUGGUGAUGCAAAUGCCGGCGGAAUGGUGAAAAGCAAAGGUCCACCGAAAGUGACGAUGGUUGCACCUGCCUCGGCCGGGUUUAACAAGCUGUCCGCUACGACCGUUUACACUACGUACAUCACGCAGCUUAAGAUUGAUAAUCAAUCCAGCAUGGAAACGAUACUGAAGACGGUCAAUCGGUUGUCCGUGCUGCACUACCAUCUGUGCGAUGCGAUACGGCUGGUAAACCGUAUCUCCUCCCUGUCGCUCAUGUUUCACUUCGGCGCUAUGUUUGUGUUUCUCGUGUUUGGCCUGUUUACCAUCUACAAAGCGUUUAAUUCCGGCACUUGGGCAUUCCGUAUCAUGGCGAUAGCAAACGGGGCCUGGAUUGCGUUCUACCUUGCGGCAAUUCUGAGCGUGAUAACUGCUACGACGGCGGCACAAACCAGUGGCCGCAUGACCGGUGACAUUGUGCAUCAGAUCAUUCGAAAGCAUCAGAACCACUUUUCAGUGGACGUUAUCGAGAAGCUAUCUACACUAUCACUCCAGGUGACAAUGCGUGACAUGUCGUUCUCGUGUGGGUUGUUUAAUUUUGAUUGGAGCCUAUUCGGUUCGAUUCUUUCAGCAUUAGCCAUGUAUUUGGUAUUUCUUAUUCAGUUUGAUGUAGCCCCACCGGUUGGAUUGAAUUCACCGAACUUAACCAUCCCAUCGAUUGAGUUGAUUGAUUUUGAAGUGUGA